ACGAUGCGGCUGAAGGAUUGAUUCAACUGUCUCGCCAACAAUCGUCACAAUUGUAUCUACAAACACCAACACGUGCACCACCAUCACCAGUAUUGCUACCGCCGUCACCACGAUCAUUGCCGCUUCCCCAAGGAUUUGAUUCUGCACCGAUACAAUCACCGAGAACGCCGAAUACCGCUCGACGACCACCAACACCACGAUUUCCACGUUUAUCACAAUCCAUCGCUCGGUUGGAAGGACUAAGCCGUGAGCGAGACUUGCAGCGGCGUGAACGAGAGCUCGAGCAAGAGCAAGAGCAAGAGCGUCAGCGACAGCUUCAACAGGAGCGGGAGC